AUUAAUCAAUGUCAGUUCAUCAUUUGUCACUUGUUUAUCAGGCUGUGUUUUGAGGCCCGAGGUUUUUUUAUCAUUAAAAUUCAAUUUACAUUCUAGAUUUUACGUUUGUGUAUUGUAAUUGCCUUGUGCUCAAACAUCGGAUAUUUCAAACAUGAGUAGCGUGCCAGACAAUGCUCCUCAGCAUUGUCCUGGUACCCAAAGUGAGGAAGCUGGUAAAGCGUCAGCGUGCGCCGGGUGCCCUAACCAGAACAUUUGCGCAUCAGGGGAUGCAUCACUCCCUGACCCAGCAAUCCCACUCAUCCAGCAUCGUCUCGCCAAUGUGAAACACAAGAUUUUGAUCCUGUCGGGCAAGGGAGGAGUGGGCAAGAGUACUGUCACUUCUCUGGUCGGCCACGCGUUGGCUUCUAAAUACCCUGAUGCUAAUGUGGGUAUCUUGGACACAGACAUCUGCGGCCCCAGUCAGCCACGCGUGAUGGGUGUGCGAGGUGAAAUGGUGCACAACUCUGGUUCGGGCUGGUCACCUGUUUAUGUGACAGACAAUCUAUCGCUGAUGUCGAUCGGCUUCCUGCUGGGCAGACCCGACGACGCGGUCAUCUGGAGGGGACCUAAGAAAAACGGUAUGAUUAAACAGUUCCUAACUGAAGUGGAUUGGGGAGAACUAGACUAUCUGCUAAUAGAUACGCCACCUGGCACAUCGGACGAGCACAUAUCGGCGGUGCAGUACCUGCGCGCGACGGGGCUGACGGGCGCCCUGGUGGUCACCACGCCGCAGGAGGUGUCGCUGCUCGACGUGCGCAAGGAGCUGCAGUUCUGCGAGAAACUCAACGUGCCAGUGAUUGGGGUCAUUGAGAACAUGUCGCUGUUUGUGUGUCCUAACUGCAAGACCCGCAGCGAGAUAUUCCCCGCGACGACGGGCGGCGCGGCGCAGAUGUGCAUCGACCUAUCCGUGCCGAUGCUGGGCAGCCUGCCGCUCGACCCCAUCCUGGCGCGCUGCUGCGACGACGGCCGCGACUUCCUCGCCGAGCUGCCCGCCUCGCCCGCCGUCACCGCGCUCAAGGACAUCGUCGACAAAGUCGUUGCCACUGUCGAAAAAACUACCAGUUGAACUUACAAAUCACCAACGGAGCCUUAUUAUAAUUUUUAUAAAUUACAUUUAUAUGACCUAGUCAAUUUUGUUUUGUAAAGAACUCAGUGUUUGUGAUCGGUAGAACAUUUGACGGUACUUACCAAUUUGAAAUUGAUUAAUUUAAACUGAGUCUAUGUUUAUUUAUGAGAAAUACAUAAUGUUAAUUAUA